UUGGCUGACUCAGCCGAUAGCUAAGAGACGAUAACAAAUUUGUCACCCUCGCGUCCCUGGUAAAUCGUCUCAGUUUACUCGUAAACCCUACGUCAUUUUUACGCCUAAAAUCUGGAGCCAUGGAUGAGACGCCCCUGUCCAGCUGUGAUACGUAUCAAGUAGCUGAUAAACGUUUGACGACAUAUAUUGAGACAACAUUAGUCUUGUACCAUGUGCUUGCCUGUUGGAGCAUAUAGCGUUUAUGUGCCGAGGCUAUACAUUUUUCCUACAACGGCCUGAACGGACUCGACCUCUGCCCCGAGGAACAUGCGUAGAUAAGGCAUUUUGAGUAUCAGUCACGACGAGGGACAAAGAGGAAGCGUAUGUUUUUACUUCAAAUAAAAAUUCAAUGUACAAUUGUGACAUUUGAGACUGUAUUCCACUUGUGAUUAGUGUUCAGCAUGAAUUACAUUACGAACGAGAUUCCUGAAACCGAGCGAUUGAUCACUAAUGAGAUGUUCUUGUCGACUGCACCAAGUCCCUCGGCCAUCCGUAACAAUCAAACUCGAACAGAUAACUAUUCGACUGAUAAAAAUUCUACUGACAAACUAAACUGACUGAUAGAGUUUUGUUUUUACUUGAUUUUACUUCUGGGAAGAAGAAUGAAUCAUACAAAUUGUGAUUAGAAGAACUUAUUGUUUAUAAAUACAUAUUUGAGAAAUACAUUAGUAAUAUAUUAAUAUGAAUUAAAGUGCUGGAAUCUUAGGAACAAUUUUUCUAAUCGUUAAUGCUACCCUGGGAGCUGGACUGUUGAAUUUUCCCCAAGCUUUUGACAAAGCUGGUGGAGUUGGGACCUCUGUUGUGAUGCAGCUUGGUUUUCUUGUGUUCAUCACGACUGCUCUAAUAAUAUUAGCUAGUAGCAGUGACUUUGUAUAUGCCAAUACUCUGCAAGAUGUAUUUGCUGGAUUAUGCGGGUCUAAAUCACUCAUGCUCUGCGGAAUAUGUGUUGCCCUUUACAGUUUUGGCUGCUGCUUAACAUUCCUAAUAAUUGUUGGCGAUCAGUUUGACAGAGCGUUCGCCACAUUUUAUGGACUAGACUAUUGUCAUACUUGGUAUUUAUCGAGACCGUUUGUGACCGCUGUGAGUUGCAGCUUAUUUAUACUGCCUCUGUGCUUUUUCAAGAGACUGGACGUCCUGAGUUACGCAAGUUCCAUCGGCUGUGUAACUAUCGUGUACUUCGUAUGCUUAGUGAUAUAUAAAAGCCUCACGGAGCAUCCCAAAAAUGUGCCACCUAUGAAAAUCUGGCCAGAUAGUGGGUACGAAGCUUUGCAAUUAGUACCAAUUAUCUGCUUCGCAUAUCAGAGCCACAUGACCGCGAUACCAACCUACGCCUGCAUGAAGGACCGCCGGCUGGGUAAGUUCGCGUUGUGCGCCGUAAUCAGCAUGCUUAUUUGUUUCGGUGCAUACACCAUCGUGGGCAUCUUCGGAUACGCCACUUUCGGCCCAGGCGGUGUGCCAAGCGAUAUCUUGCAAGGCUACGACGACAAAAGCAUCGUACUGGCAGUGGCGAUAAUCGCCGUGGCGGUGAAGAACUUCACUACCUAUCCUAUCGUUUUGUACUGUGGCCGAGAUGCGCUUCUCGGUAUGUUUAACGUGGACCUCAAUAAAAUUGGUGUCCGAGUGAUCGUCACCUUGGUGUGGUUCUUCUCAUCGCUGGUCAUCGCUAUUCUGGUGCCGGACAUCUCGCCGAUGAUCUCUUUAUUGGGAUCGUUGUCCGCGAUAUUUAUUUUCGUGCUACCUGGCAUCUGUCUCCUGCAAAGCGUAAUCCUGAAGGAUCCACAAUUGUAUCUGAAUAAGGAUCGCUUGAUGAUAGUCUUCGCGAUCCUUUUGACCGCGCUGGGUGCUUUCGCAUGCGGUGUCGUUUUUGUGGAAGCUCUCAACGAUCUGCGUAAAGACCCGUCUGAGCCUCAUCACGUGGUCACCGGCAUCAGACAACUCAGAGAGAGUUUAUGCGUUUGAUACUAGAUUUGCACGGGUUCUCGAAACAUAUGAUAUGCCUGCAUGAUCUGCGAAACUUUAAGAUUUAUUAUGUUAGUAACAAUAGAGACUAAGGACUGUUUGCUCUCUAAAUAUCUUACAUGCGAGACAGAAAUGAUACCAGAAACGAUAAUUUUUAAAAUGUACGAUUCUGUCUCAUUUAUUGAUUUGUUUAUAAAGUUUAGAUAGGUAAGACGUCAGAGAAAGACUGAUGUAUAUACAUUUUUAUUAAUAAGUUCUUUUUAACCGAUUGACUCGUACACGGAAGUCAUACGCAAAACUAAUUUUUUACGUAAUAACAUGAGAACAAAGACCGAAGUCUUCCCGUUCCCGUUGAGAAACGUGCUCAAUAAUAUAAUAAGUAUGUUGUGAAUAUAAAUAAAGAUAUCUUUGAUACUCUUUUUA